AGUAUUAAACAUUUUUUGGGCGACUAACAAUCAAUUUAAGCUUUUGGUUGAAUUGGUUCCUUGACAUUGCUUCAAAGCCUUGUUAACCUAGAGGUUGCGAGUUCAAUUCUCUGUUGCUCCCAUAUUAAAUAUGCUCAAGGAAUGGAAGAGCCUUUGUUGCAGUCAUGUGUAAAAUCCCAUAGGGCAUUUGCGUGAGAAAACAUGUUAGAGUAUAAAACUUUUUUUUGGGUAACUAGCUACCAGUUUAAGCUUUUGAAUGAAUAGGUUCCUAGAGGUCACGAGUUCAAUUCUCAAUAGUUCUAUUUUGAUUAAUGUACGAACUAUAGAGAAACCUUUGUUGCACGGUGUUUGUUAGAGAUCAAGGUAUGGAAGAGCCUUUGUUGCAGUCACAUUUAAAGCCCAUAGGGCAUUUGCGUAAGAAAACAUGUUAGAGUAUAAAAUCCUUUUUGGGUAUGGGUAGCUAGCCUCCAGUUUAAGCUUUUGGAUGAAUUGGUUCCUAGAGUUUGCGAGUUCAAUUCUCAAUAGUUCUAUUUUGAUUUAUAUACGAACUAUAAAGAAACCUUUGUUGCACAGUGUUUGUUAGAGUUCAAAGUACGGAAGAGCCUUUUUUGCAGUCAUGUUUAAAGCCCAUAGGGCAUUUGCGUGACAAAAGGUGUUAGAGUGUAAAACAUUUCAUAGACCACUAACCAUCAAUGUAAGAUUUUGGUUGAGUUGGUUCUUUGACAAAAGUAAUCAAACUACCCUAAUAUAACUAGGACAAGUUCUCAUGAGGCUCCUUACAUGCUUAUGCAUCCAAUUCACAUCAUGUUCCAGGUUGUUUUAAAAUUACCCACAUGAGAUCCAAAUUGCUCGGAAACCCCCCUAAUUUGACCCUUCUAGAUUGGAGGUCAUACUAAUAGGUCUCAAAUAUGUCGGAAACCCCCCUAAUUUGACCCUUCUAGAUCAGAAACCCCCCUAAUUUCCAAUUCACAACAAUCAAUUCCACCUUCUUUAUGCCCACCUUGAGAAAUUAUAAAUAUGUCAGAACCAAAAUGAUUCAGCAAUUUGGUUUCAAAACUCCACUACAUACCACUGCAGCAUGUUUCAUGCCUCACACCAUGUCACUCCGAUUCCUGCAUCAGAAACGGAGAUUGAAGCUGAAGCGGAUGCUGUUAAAGCUGUUGCGGAGGCCAUAUGUCCAUUAAAUGUUGUUCUAGACAGAGUCAUUCUUACCUCAACUGGUGUGCUUGUAGGCUGUUGGCAGGGUGCAAAUGUGCAACACCAGAUUCUCUUGAUAUUUCUGAUUUGUACAUUCAGAAUAUUGGGUGUUGCUUCAGAUAUUACAUGCUCAUUGAAAUGGUUGUCUCAGGUACUGAUCCAGUAACUGUACGUGACAGGUUGAGAAGCGCUCUUCCUCGUGCACCAGAGAAGCAAUUUUAUGAUGCUGUUAUUCUUCACACUUCAUUUGCCAGGCUUUUGGGCCCUCCCACCACUUUUGCUGAGGAAGCAAAGGAUCUCUCCGAACUUCAGUUUUUCAACAUGCUUGUAACUAAAUUAAACAGCAAAAUUCAUGGAUUUAAGGCAACAAUGACCGAACUCUGGUAUGUGGAGGAGCAACAUCUGCUGGCACUUGCACUUGAUGGGAGUAUGAAGAUUCGCAGUUUUCAACUUGGGUGUUCAAAAGCCUGAUGUUGGAAAUUUCAUUCAGAUAUGCAUCAUCAGUAUGUAUAGCUUUUGCUCCCUCUGUCUCAUAAAAGCAGUUCAAUUUCUUGAUAUAUUUGUCUCCAAAAAGUAGCCAGAUUUAUUGAAAAGAUGCUAAUUUUCAUCUUUUUUUUAAUAGUUUUACCAUUUUCAUAUUGAAAAAAAUUGUACCUUAAUGAAACCUGGCAUUUUUUUUAUGGGACGGAGGGGUGUACGAUGAUACUUAGAUAGUUACUACGGAGUAUUAUACACGUCUUUAUACAAACUAA